AUGGAUAUGUUAUGCGGUCUUAUUUCCAUACCUUCAGAGGUUUUAUCUGAUGCAGAAAUUUUCAUUAACUUCGAUGAAGAAAGUGUAUUGAAACAGCACAUGGCAAUAUUUGGAUUCAAUCCGAUUCAUGUGCAUUCACUACCUGACGGAUGGGUAUUUGGCCACGAAAUCCAUAUCAAUGUUGGAUAUCAUGAGGCAAUGUGUCUUCAUCAGUCAUGGAAACAAUUGCACAAUUUAUUUUACGAAAAAAUGAAUCUUUCAGGCAUCAAACCUAUAAAUCAUGUGUUCCUUAAUAAAGAAAAAGGAAAAUGGAGUCAUAUAAGAAAUCUUGAUGAAAUAAUUGAUGUGGCUAAACAGAUGUAUCCUGGAUAUAACUGGAUAAAUAUUCCAAUAGAAAAAACAAGAAAUACAUCUGAAAUUGCUCGGAUAUUUGCUGAAACUAAGCUUCUUAUAUCCAGCGGAGGAUCUCUUUCUUUUAAUAAUAUCUUCAUGCAACCUGCAUGUGGACUUCUUAUGUAUUGUGGUUCAUGUCCUGUUGAUACAGGAACAGUUGCAACAGCUUGCGUAUUAGAUUUAUGGUUUUUUGCUUCUCCGACACCAGAAAUUGAGACAUGGAAGAUAAAGGAUCCCGCACCUAGAUAUGAUCCGAGCAAAUUCAAGAGAGAUCUUCCUUAUAUCGUUUAUGCUGUAUAUAAUCAGUCAUGGCCUGCAGACAUUGAUAAAGUCGGAAAGAUAUUCUAUCCAGGUGAUUAUAAAGAAGGGUUAAGAAAAAUCUUACUUGAUCAUAACUUGAAUUCAAGUACAAUAGUUAGAUAUGAUGAACUUGAUACAAAUAAUUUCUUAAUUGAAGUUUGA